AUGGUCAUUCUGAUCAGGACCGUGGUACCUCAGCAGAGCCACCAUGUGCUCAUUCUGAUGCCAAGGACCGUGUUGCAGAGCCACCAUGUGCUCAUCCUGAUGCCAAGGGCCGUGUCUGGUACCUCAGCAGAGCCACCAUGUGCUCAUUCUGAUGCCAAGGACCGUGUCGGUACCUCAGCAGAGCCACCAUGUGCUCAUCCUGAUGCCAAGGACCGUGUCGGUACCUCAGCAGAGCCACCAUGUGCUCAUUCUGAUGUCAAGGACCGUGUCGGCCCUGAGGACGUGGACGUCAUGGGUGAGUACAGGGCUGGGAAGUGGGGUGCUCCUUGCUGGCACAGCCAGAGGAUUCCCCACCUCUCUCUGGAGGGAGGCUCACAUUUCAUCUUUUCUCCAUCUUUUCCCUUUCUAGCAGUCCAGCACCUUCUACUCCUUGCUUGUGUGCAGUUCUUGGCUGCCCCAGGCCACUCCAUGCAUACACAAACCCUAAACAUCUUCAAGAAAUCUUCCUCCAACACCUCAGCGAGUGCUCUGCAGAAAACCAGUUGGCCCAAGGACUGCAGUGAGGUCCCACCUGGCAGCCCCAGUGGUGUCUAUGUCAUCCAGCCCACAGAGUUCCACCCCAUCAUGGUGUACUGUGACAUGAGCAUGGCAGGUGGGGGCUGGACAGUCAUCCAGAGGAACCAUCAGAGCACAGAGAUCACCUGGGCUGAGUCCUGGAGCACCUACAAGCACGGCUUUGGGAACCUGCACACUGAGUACUGGCUGGGCACUGAGUACAUCCAUCAGAUCUCCAAGCAGAAGGUCUACCAGGUCAGGUUUGUCAUCUGGGAUGCCACAAACAGUAUCAGUUUCGCAGACUACAACCUCUUCAGCUUGGAUGAUGAAUCCCAGGGCUACCGGCUGAGGCUGGGAGCGUAUUCAGGCACAGCAGGGGAUGCCAUGGACUCAGACAAUCCCAGGAAAGUGCACAACAGCAUGAAGUUCUCCACAAAGGAUCGGGAUCAGGACACCUACAGAGGGAACUGUGCCUCCCGCUACAGGGGUGGGUGGUGGUACUCUGCGUGUUACUCUGCACUGCUGAAUGUCAAGGGAGGCUUGACGUGGGGCAGCCUCUGCAAAGGGAACUGCAAAGCUUCUGCCAUCCUCAUCAAACCAGCUUCACACCAUUAG